GUUGAAUUCUCUCUCACAUGAACCACACAACUUUAACAUUAUUAGAGUGAGUGCUUUGUAAAAUUAACCAUCAUCUUCCAGUUGGUAGAAAUCCAUACGUUUCUUCCAAAAAGACUUUCUUUCUGCUAAAUUUUAAGCAAUGUUAGGAGCAAGAUGUUUCAACUGUUCCAUUCUCUUGGCUCUAACUCUAAUGAUAACAAUCUUUCAAAUUGCAAACUGCCAAAAUGGAAACAACUCUAAUCUUCCUAGUUUUGCCCGAGUGAAUGGAUGUCAUUUUGUGAUGAAUGGGAAACGUUUAUACUUGAAUGGUUUCAAUGCAUAUUGGAUGAUGUUCUUAGCAGCCGAUCCAUCUACAAGGGUGAAGGUGACAUCAACUUUUCAACAAGCCUCCAAAUAUUGCAUGAAUAUUGCAAGAAUUUGGGCUUUUAGCGAUGGUGGUGCUACACCCCUUCAGUCUUCUCCUGGUUCAUACAAUGAAGAUAUGUUUAAGGGACUGGACUUUGUAAUAUCAGAAGCUAAGAAAUAUGGAGUUUAUUUGAUCUUAAGCCUGGUGAAUAACUUCGAGGAUUAUGGAGGAAGGCCGCAGUAUGUCCAGUGGGCAAGGGAACGUGGCCAGUCUCUGAAGAAUGAUGACUUUUACACAAAUCUUGUCGUCAAACAAUAUUACAAGAACCACGUCAAGGCCGUGCUGACAAGAAAGAACUCGUUUACUGGUGUGAUGUAUAAAGAUGAUACUACCAUUUUUUCAUGGGAACUCAUGAAUGAAGCUCGGUGCGGAAGCGACCCCUCUGGAAAGAAACUUCAGCAAUGGAUCACAGAAAUGUCAGCAUAUGUUAAGUCAAUCGAUAAUCUUCAUCUAUUGGAAAUAGGUCUUGAAGGUUUCUAUGGAGAAUCAGUUAAAAGCAGGAAGCAAUAUAAUCCUAACAAUGUUACUGUCGGAACUGAUUUCAUUGCCAAUAAUCAAAUCCCACAAAUCGAUUUCACAACUGUUCACAUGUACCCCGAGCACUGGUUAAAGCCUAAUUCAACUGAUGGGGCCCAACAAGCUUUUGUAGAUAGAUGGAUACAAGCCCAUACUGAAGACUGUAAUUCAGUCUUAAAGAAGCCACUCAUAAUUACUGAAUUUGGGAAAUCUGAUAGACUUCCUGGAUAUAGCAUUGAGAAAAGGAACAAUUAUUUAGGGCAUGUAUACAAUGCAAUUUUCAUUAGUGCGAAAGCUGGCGGUUCGUUUCUUGGUGGGAUUUUUUGGCAACUCAUGACCCAAGGAAUGGAAAACUAUGCUGAUGGCUAUCAAGUCAUUUUGGAGGAGAGCCCAACAACUGCCAAGGUCAUUGCUGAACAGUCUCGCAAGCUACAUUCUCUCUCACCUAUGAAAUAAAAUUGGCCUAAUUUGUAGUUUGGGAGGCAAAGAUCCAAUCAAUAAAGAAAAUUUGUCAUGUUGAUUUACCUUGAAAUACAAAGAGAGAUAAAAAUAAGAUAUUAUUGAUAGCUUUUCUAUAA